CUUCUCUCAAACGCUCUCAACUUUAUCCCCACCUUUACGACUUUAAUUACCGACAAGUAACGAAGAUGGCGCUCAACUGGGCAAUGCUGAACUCGAACCGAACCCCGGUGCCUCUUCCGAACGAGAUGACGAUUACGACUGUCGAUUCCGGCGUAGAUGUCGUGGUCGCCAUUCCACCCAUUGGAUCCAACUCUACAACACCCUCGGGCGCGGGUGGCUCCUCGAGCUCUAGACCGCCUGCUGCAGGACCCGGGUCCUCGUCUACAGUAGCAACCAGCAGCUUUCAGAAACUGAAGGCCACUGGUCGUGUGUGGUUAACUGAUCAACGGUUCAUCUACGUGCCCGAGCCCAACUCCUCCUUCGACUCCCUAUCAGUUCCCCUACACGCCAUCCUCUCAACCGGGUUCCACCAACCAACCUUUGGCUCAAAUUACCUCACCUUCGAACUCAAACCAUCGCCAGACGGCAACCUAACGGAUGGAACGAGCGUCGAAAUCCGGUUCAAGGAUCGUGCGAUGUUCGAGUUUGUUAGUCUGCUAGAGAAGACGAGGGAGCGGGCUAUAUAUAUGAGGAGACAGGCUGCGGAGGACGAGGCUCAAGAUGGACUUCCAUCUUAUACGCUACCUGCUGAAUCGAGCAGCGUUACUCUGAUUGGAGGCAUUCCAGUGGAGAACCCUCCUGGUUACGAUGCUUAACAAUUGGCUC